ACUCGCCCCCUCCGCGCACCCUUGCCCAGCAUGAGCGGAGCGCCCACGCACCUGCUCUUCGAGUGCGCCACCGGCUGCGCCGUCUUCCAGACGCUGCAGGUCGAGGAGAUCGGCAGCAAGACGGCCGCCGUGCAGGAGAGCAUCAAGGACCUCAACGCCUUCUCGCGCAUGGUGAAGCUCGUCUCAUUUGCGCCCUUCAAGAACGCCCUCGAUGCGCUGCAGAGCUGUCUUGACAUUUCCGAGGGCGUACUCAAUGACGGCCUCAAGUCGCUCCUCACGCUCAACCUGGCGCCCGCGGGCAAGAAGGCCAAGGGCGUCACGCUCGGCGUCUCGGAGCGCGGCCUCGCCAGCGCCAUCGUCGGCGAGCUGGGCAUCCAGUGCGACACGGGCGACCGCACGCUCGAGCUCAUCCGCGGCAUCCGCCUGCACAGCGAGAAGCUGCUCUCGGGCCUGUCCGAGGGCGACAUGUCGCGCGCACAGCUCGGCCUCGGCCACUCGUACUCGCGCAGCAAGGUGAAGUUCAACGUGAACCGCUCGGACAACAUGAUCAUCCAGGCCAUUGCCCUGCUCGACACGCUCGACAAAGACGUCAACACGUUUGCCAUGCGCGUGCGCGAGUGGUACGGCUGGCACUUCCCCGAGCUCGUGCGUCUCGUGCCCGACAACAUGACGUACGCGCAGCUCGCCUCGUUCAUCCGCAACAAGGAGCGUCUCACCGACGAGCACGUCGAGGAGCUCACCGACAUUCUCGCCGGCGACGAGACGGCCGCGCGCAACGUGCUCGACGCCAGCCGCGCGAGCAUGGGCACCGAGAUCGGCGAGGUCGACAUGGACAACAUCGACUCGUUCGCGCAGCGUGUCGUGGAGCUUGCCGCGUACCGCAAGCGCAUGCACAAGUACCUGAUUGAGAAGAUGCACCUCGUCGCACCGAACCUCGCCGCCCUGAUCGGCGAGGUCAUCGGCGCACGCCUCAUCUCGCACGCCGGCUCGCUCACGAACCUGGCCAAGUACCCCGCCUCGACGGUGCAGAUCUUGGGUGCCGAGAAGGCGCUCUUCCGCGCGCUCAAGACCAAGGGCAACACGCCCAAGUACGGCCUCAUCUACCACGCCUCGGCCAUCGCCCGUGCGGCGCCCAAGAACAAGGGCCGCAUGUCGCGCUUCCUUGCCAACAAGAUCUCGAUUGCGUCGCGCAUCGACUGCUUCAGCGACGCGCCGACGACCAAGUUCGGCGAGGUGCUGCACAUGCAGGUCGAGGAGCGCCUGGCGUUCUACGAGACGGGCAAGGCCACGCUCGGCAAGAACUCGGACGCCAUGAGCAAGGCGCUGCGGGCCAUCGAGGAGGCCGCCGGCGACCUCAUGGACGAGGACGACAGCGACGACGAGGGCGACGAGACGAUGGCCGAGCCCGUCACGAUGCCGGCGGCCGUCGGCGUGGUCGACCCGGCAGACGCCAAGCGGGAGAAGAAGGCAAAGAAGGAGAAGAAGGACAAGAAGAAGAAGAGCAGCGGCGGCGCCGACGCUGCCGAGAUCGAGCGGGCCGCCAAGAAGGCUGCCAAAAAGGCUGCCAAGGCAGCGGCUCAGAGCGACGGCGGCGUCCCGGGCGACGAGUCGGUCGCUAAGGUGGAGAAGGCGUCGAAGAAGAAGUCGAAGAAGGCAUGAUGUGCCGUCUGCCUGCUAUUCGACCUCGUGCCCACCUCGCCUGCCUCCGUGCUAAUCCCGUCAUUGCCGCCCUCUGCUCCGCGCGUCCGCUUCAUCAGGCGCUUGUACUUUACUUCUCGGCCCAGCAUCCAUACACUUUUCCACCUCUGACAGCGU